UGAUGAUUUCUCCCAGCAGGUCGCCAUUUCUGACGGGUCGGCACAUCUGACGAAACACCGCUAGACUCCUGAACCAUGCUGGCUGCAAGCUGCUGGCGACUCCUUUCCCGCUGGAGGGGUCUGCGCGGGUUCAGGACGGUUUACAUGCCCAGCUCGAGGGUCACCCACACCCGGACAGCCCUGUAUGUGCCUGGGAACGCCUCACUCCACACCUCUGUCCAGCGGUACAGUGACUCAAAUCUGGUCGGAGCCCCUGCUAGCCACUACCAGCUCAUCUACACCUGUCGGGUUUGCUCGACAAGGUCCAUGAAGAAAAUCUCAAAGUUGGCAUAUCACAAUGGAGUGGUGAUUGUGAAAUGCCCCGGCUGCAAGAACCACCACAUCAUCGCUGACAACUUGGGCUGGUUCUCCGACCUGGAGGGGAAAAGGAAUAUUGAAGAAAUCUUAGCAGCCAAGGGGGAGAAAGUUCAUCGUGUUGUAGGUGAAGAGGCCCUGGAGCUCAUGCUUGAGAGCAGCACAAGAGAAGAAGUUUCAGAUCAAGACCACAACGAAACGGCAUCCCUCCCAAGCCCAGAAGAUAAAUCUGUUACAUGAUGCAGUUGACGACCAGAUAACUGACCUUAUGGUGGAUAAGGAGACAAUGUUCUCAAUUAUAAAGAUGGUUUCUGACAAGUGAGGGCAGCCUUCUUUUGAAUUAGAUUAAUCCAUUUCCCAGCACAUGAGUCAACGACCAUUGCUAAUCUUUGUUUAUCCCAACUUCCUAUGGAAGAAGGAAAGAAAACUGGAUGUUGGUUAUCUGCAGUUUUGUUUUAUUGCUGUGAUUGUGUGGGACUGUUUUUAUUCUGGUUGGUGGUCUUUAGAGAGACUGAAAAUGAAUCUCUUGAAAAUGAAUCUCUAUCUAUCAAUCAUACAAGCUGCACCAUACUGGAAACUAAAAGGGGAGGGGGAUACAUAUAGGCCACGCACAAGUUUACCGAGCCAUGCACCUGCGCAGAGUGCUGUCUACGCUAGCAUGAGGCGCACAGGUGUUCUCUGCAGGCAGUCUGGUCAAGUUGACAGGUGAGUGGCUGCACCGAUCUCCAGGUUCAUCCCUGACUGUACAUCCAUGUGGGACUGAUGAUGUAUGGAUCAGAACAAUCUGUCUGCUUUCUGAUCUGUGCAUUGGUCCCACACAGAUGCAGUCAGAGGUGACCAUGGAGGUCCAUGCUGCUGCCUGCAUUUCAUUGAUUUGAACAGGCUGCCUACACAGAACACCUAUACAUCCCCUGAGGUUAAAGACGCCCCAUUACAUGGGUGUAUGGAUGGUACAACCGUGUGAAUGGGGCCAUCCUGUAAACGCCAGCCAUCUAGAGAUCACAAGCAGCAGUCUCUUCACAGGUAAAUACUUUUGUUUCUCUCUAUAAAAUAGUCCCCUGCCUAUUGCAUAUGUGCUGACCUUAAAGUAUAACUAAAGACUCCUUUUUAUUUUUUCAGUUUUUGGAUAGAGGGGAGAGGGAUUAGAACAUCUGUUUGUUUUUUGUUGCCCUCAAUAACCUGGUUAGGGAAAUUCACCCCCAUCUAUUUAUUAUAUUUACCAUUAUGAAAGUAAAAAAAAAA